ACAUUUUGACAGAUGUUAGAUGUUGUCUGGUCUGGUUCUUACUUUUUUGGUAGUGUUUCACUUUGUAGAAAGGCGAUUUAUUUUGAAGAUGUAAGAAAUCUACCUACUGAAAUUUUCCAUGCAUUAGAAUUUUCAAAUUGUUUAAAAAAUUUCCUAGUAUUUUUAGAUCAUUUGAUAAUUGAUCAUUUGAUAGAAAUCUGAAUAUUUUACUGAUUCCAUGUAUGUAGGACACAUUUAAAAUUUAUUCUUGUUCAGAAAGAAAGACUCAUGAUGUCUGUUAUUAUCUAACAUGGCUACAAAGAAAAAAUUAAACAAGAUGGAUGAUGACCAUAGUGUUGAGACGCUGGCGGAGGUGUUCCGCUGCUUCAUCUGCAUGGAGAAGCUUCGCGACGCACACCUUUGUCCGCACUGUUCUAAGCUGUGCUGCUACGUGUGCAUCAGACGGUGGCUGACCGAGCAGCGGUCGCAAUGUCCACACUGUCGUGCGUCGCUGCACCUCCACGAGUUGGUCAACUGUCGCUGGGUCGAGGAGGUCACUCAGCAGCUCGACUCGCUGCAGGCCAGCGCUAGGCCGCCGAAUACCGACAACGACAGAUGCCUGGCGCACCAGGAGAAACUGUCAGUGUACUGCUGGACAUGCCGCCUGUGCAUUUGCCACGGGUGCGCGCUGUGGGGGGGCCGCCACUCGGGCCACACCUUCAAGCCGCUGGAUGAGGUCUACGAGCAGCACCGCACGCAGAUACGCGACGAGGCCGCCCAGUUGCGCAGGCGCCUCAUCGAGCUUGUCAGUCUCAGCCAGGAUGUGGAGCGUAACGUGGAAUCAGUUCGCGUGGCGAAGGACGAGCGCGUGCGCGAAAUCCGUAACGCGGUGGAGCUGAUGAUCGCGCGACUUGACGCGCAGCUGAAGGCCAAACUGCUGGUGCUGAUGGGCCAGAAGUCGAGUCUAAUCCAGGAGACGGAACAGCUGGAGGCGCUACUGCAGGACAUCGACCAGCACCUCCACAAGUGCGCCAAGUCCGAGCUCAUUGGCCAGUCGGCUUCGCUUCUGCGCAUGAUCCACCACCUGCGCAAGAAGCCCAUGGCCAGCUUUGUCACUGCGCCUGUGCCCGCCGACUUUCACAGUGAAAUAGUGCCGGGCUACGACUCGAGCACGUUUGUGAUGAGUGGCUUCACCCAGCUGCAGCACAAAGCCGACCCGGUCUACUCGACGCCACUGCAUGUGAAUGGCCUCUGCUGGCGACUCAAGGUCUACCCGGACGGCAACGGUGUCGUCAGGGGCAACUACCUGUCUGUCUUUCUCGAGCUCACCUCUGGUCUGCCCGACACUUCCAAGUACGAGUAUAGGGUUGAAAUGAUGCAUCAGGGCUCGCAGGACGCCAGCAAGAACAUUGUUCGCGAAUUCGCUUCGGACUUUGAGAUUGGAGAGUGCUGGGGCUACAACCGCUUCUUUCGCCUAGAUCUGUUGGCCAGUGAAGGAUACUUGAACACUGAGAGAGAUACUCUGAUGUUGAGAUUUCAGGUACGACCACCGACCUUCUUCCAGCGUUGUCGCGAUCAACAAUGGUACAUCAACCAGCUGCACGCCAUUCAGAAUCAACACAUGCAACAACUCAUGGAACUCAAGCAGAAAGUAGCGAUGGAUUAUUCGUUAUUGCGAGCUGUGAGGUGCCAGACGGCGCCUGACUCGGAAUGUGAAGAGCGGAUGCCAUUAUUCGACCUGCCGCAGCUCUCUUUCUCACCAGAAAGAUCGAGCGGAGACGUAGUGGCUAGCGAUAACGCGAGCAGCACCAGCACCAGUGUUGCAUCUCAAGUGGCGGCUGCCAAAGCGAGUGCCUGCAAGCGAUGCACGGUGGCUGCUCCAGCGGGGGUGGUUGCACCUGGAGGUGGCAUGUCCCGCGCUACUGCUGCCGCCUCCGUCACCGCCCCCGAGACGGCCAGCAGCAGCGGAGGCAGUUCGUCGGAGAGCGACGAGGACACCGAUGUCGAGCACGCCAGUCACAACGAGGAGUGCAGUCAUCUUAUCAGAUCGAGCAACGCGACAAUAAUGGAAGACAACAGCAACGACGAGAAUGACGUGGAUGACGAGACUAUGUUCGGCGACAAUGAUGUCGAGCUCUCCAUGGCGCAGCAGAUGUUCCUGCAGGACCUCAACAUCGACCCCGACACGGACGCCGACAUCAAGGCCUACGCGCUCGAGUACCUCGAGGACGAGAUCAUGCUCAUGCAUCUGUUCGGCGCACAAGGCUCGGGCAAACGGCUCGGCUCAAGUGGGGACACGGCCUCCCCUGCCCCCUCUUCCCCCCGCCCUCCUCUGGCGGUCGGUGGACUCGGCUCAACAAGUCGCGACAGCAGUAGGACGAGACAAAGAGUGAAUCUGGCCAGUAAUACACCGGUUGAUCCUUACAACUGUGAUUUCAACUCUUCGAGCCGAUCGGCCAGCAACGAAAACGUGUUGAGCAGUGAGGUGCUGAGCGGCGACGGAGCACGCCCGGUCCGCGCAUGCGCAGCAUCGACGAGCCUAGCGGCGCAGGUGGCUGCCUCCAAGCAACUGAGCGUCACCAAGGCGUUCGGCUGGCUUAUGAACACCACUGCUGCCAACUCACCACACAAAAAUAUCCCACCCAGUCCCCGUCGGCAUCGGCCCUUCUCCCCACCACCACCCCUCACUUGUCCCACCUCGCCCACCAAGCUGGUUGACUCCGGUACUGCUUCUAGUGCCGCGACGGGUACUGCUUCUAGCUCCUCCACCGCUUCUAGUUCCUACUGGCGCCGCCGACAGCGCAGCCGUCUGGAAAAUAUGCUGCAGCAGAUGCAGUUGAAUUCCGCGCGGUCUGACGAGUAUGAGCCCGUGUCUGUGACCUGGGAUGCAUUGGUUCCAGUCUCAUUGAGUAGUUCCAACGUUUUACAACAGGACAAGUUGGAGGGAAGUGGAGUUGCGGGUAUGGAUCAGUAUGGAGCAGGGGGCAGCAGUCUGCCUCCAUCCACGCCAUUUGUGUGCUGGACCAACACGCCGAGCAGUCUCGACUGUCAGACCAACACUACCAACUCUUCCUCUGCCUCCGCCUCCGCCCCGGCACUCAUGUCAUCCGGCUUGCCGCCUCCAAAGGCUUCUGCCAGCGCCGUCGCCAGUCAACAAGUUGUCAGUGGCAGCUCAUUACAGUCAAGCAGUUCGAAAAGUGAGCCACCGGAAAAAGACUCAUCUAAUAAUGGCGGAGUGGAGGCAGCCGAUUCAUCCCAACCUCACGCUACUACUGACAGUGUCUCACCGGAAGGAGGACCACUUUAAUGCUAUUUAGCUCUAGUUGAGAAGUAAUAUUUAUUAAAAUCCAUCACAUAUCACAAGGCUUUUCUCUAAAACUUCUCUUAAUGUGCAGUAAUAUCCUAUUGUUUGGUUGUGUUAGCACGUAAAUAAAACUAUUAAUAAAACUUUCAAAUUCACAAACAAUUAGCUGUGAUAGAAUAUAGCAACUAUAUUCUAAAGAAUACAUUCUAAAAAUUUUGGUUCAAUUAAACAAUAGUAAGCUUAGCAAAUAGUAUUAUACAUGUUGUUUGGAUAAUAGAAUCUUUCUGACAAAUUUUAUUAAUUUUAUUUCAAAUAGCUUUACAUGACUUAAGGUUUUAUGGAUUACCUAUUUAUCGAUAGUUUAUUGCUCUAGCAAAUGUAUCUGGGGUAGUUUGAAGUAGAAAAGCUGUAAACCUUACAUAGUAUUAACAAAAAUCUGAUGAUAGAUUGAGUUGUGACUAAAAUGUUAGUGGUAUAUUACUUGUGAACAAUCUCUUCAUAGAAGUAUCUAAUCUUGACAAUAAUAUUUACAGAUUAGUCAAAUUCUGCAUCGUCCUAGAUGAAUAAGAUUGUCUUGUGUUGUACGUCAUAUAGGUUGAUGAUUUAAUAAUUUUAAAAUAGUUUCAAUAAUUUUAAUAAUUAUUGUAUUGUUUUAUUUUUAUCAAGAAACAUCUGAAAAGUGCAUUUUAAAUAAAUACACUAGAGUAUCAUUUGUUCACUAUUUGAUUAUAUUUAUUGUAACAGUUUGCAAAAACUAUUGAAAACAAUCAGUAUUUUUCUUCUAAGUUGAAAAUCACAUUUUCACGUAAAAAUAAAUUAAAAUUUAAUUUAAUUAGUGAGCCUGUAUUGGAACAAUUUAAAUAAAGUUGUUGAAAUUGCAUAAUCAUUUAGGUCUUUCUGGUACUAAAUUAUAAGUAUAAGUGAUGUUACAUAUAAAUACAUACAAAUAUUCUAAAUCGAAUCUUUCUAGGCUGAUCACAAUUUAUCAUGGGAUCAAAGAUAUAUAUGAAUCACAAUUUAUUGUUCAAACCAUCUCUGAGUGUAACAUUAUUUUCAUAAUUUUUAACCGAGAUUUGAUAGUUUUCAUGACAUAUUAUCUUUGUCAUCCACAUCAGAAAAUUUGAGUGAUUUUAUUUUAUACUUUCUACUGUCUCCCAACUAAACUCAUAAACUUUACGAAUUGCGUCUUUUAUUAAUAAAACGAAACUUCAGUUGUUAUUAUACAAGACUUGAUGUUAGUCCAUUUUCAAUUUAUGUUAUAGGAGAAUAAUGGAUUUUCAUUUCACGUAAAGCAGUUUUUGAACUAUAAUUUUCCUACACAGUAUUAAUUGACGUUGGCAAUAAUAUUAUGUACAAUGUCAAUUGGAAAGCUGGUUGAAUGGUACAAAUAAUUGCCUUAAAAUUCAUUGUUAUUAAUUUAUGAAAUAACUACAACUCUACUAGAUUCAUCAAAGCUUACUAUAUUGUAGCAAAUUAGCAUAUCAAAUCAAUUCAUAAUAUUUUCGUGUUUACCUCUUUACGAUAAUAGCAAUUAGAUGUAUAAAUUUUAGUCUCUAUUAAAAUUCACCACUGUGCAUUCCUAUUGAUGCUUAUUGUCUAAAAAAUUGACUAAGAAACUAGUUUGUUGCAUUUAAUAAUAUUAUUAUUGAUUAGGCUGAAUACCUGCUUUUUACUUGUAUAGAGUCUGCGGGUUGGUUAUCGGAAUAGAUUAAGUUAUAUGCAAUAGUUCAUAUUCAAACAUGUUUUUAUAUUAGUCAAGUUAAGCAUUUAUUUAAUAUUAUUUUAUUUUUAUUAGAAGAUUGCUCAAACAAGUGAUAAUUUCAACUUCCACCUCCGAUUUCGUAGUGCAGAAUUGGUUGAAAAGAUUGCAUAGAAUGACUUCGGAACACUAACUUAAUGUUACCCAUCAGAUUAUGCUGUAUGAGGACUUGCAAAACUUCACCCCAUCCCAGUAAACUAGAAAUUUGUCCAAAAGCCUGGUGACGACAUUGCAUCAUGGUCUCCGAGUGGCCAAUACUUUGUACAAACUGACCUUUUCUUUUUAACUAGUCUUCAUCAUCAUUUUCAGAAAAACUUAGUCAAGAAUGACGUUCAGACUGAUUGUAAUCUUUUCUUCAAGUCAUUAGUGAUUUUCUUCAAGUCAUAAAUAUAUAUGCAGUCCAAUUUCACUUUCUAAUAGACUUAACAUGUUCGAUAACAAUUCGAUGACAUGAAAUUUAUUGUGUUGUUCGUGAAGAUUGUCAAUUCUAUUACAAGUCUAUCAAUGCAUUUUUAUGACAUCAAAUUGAACCAGGCCACUUGUUGGUUUAAGCUUGAGAGUUAAUUUUCUUGCGCCACUGGUGCAACUCUUUACUACAUAGAUAAAUUCUUCAGCUGAAAUCUCACUAAAAGUGUAGAGAAAAAGAGUAGAGGGUUCAUCCCCAUAUAGAUAGAUGAAGCCGGGAUUUUGAACCAUCAUUGGUGACACUAUUAUGACUAUAGAACGUGAAUCUACUUGAAAAUAUAUGUUUUUUAACAGUGAGACCUAUAGCGCCCCUCAUUUUUGUAUUGACCUCUCAAUUAUAUCCUGUUUUAUCACGUACCUUUGCUUUCCAAUGGUCCUUUUUAAAAAAUAAUCCAAUAAAACAUUUCUUUGAUACAUCCCUUUUCAUAUCGAACUACGUGUGUCGUUUUAGAAUAAAUAAUGGUUCACAUAAAUUAGUAAUCACAAGUUUCAAGAUGUUAUUUUAUUUAUUAGAUUUUAAGUUUUAUGAAUCUCAAGGUAUAUAUUCUGUUAUUUUUCUCUAUGAUCGUAUUUUAUUAUUUUAAUCUAGUCCUUCGUUUCUUUUAUUUUCAAUAAAAGCGAAAGUUUUAUUUUCAAUAUUCUUAUCUUAGGAACGUUAUGAAGCAUUCCACUUUUGUUGAUUAUUUUAAUAUGUUGUGAUCAAUUACUAGUGAUAUAUCUAUUAUUUUCGAUUGUGGAACAAUUAAUGCAAUUCAGUGUUGUACUGUAUGCUGAAAUAAAAUUUAGAUUAGCAAAAA